UGUUUGUGUGUUCCAUUGUGACCUACAAUCGUGGGAAAACACAAACCACCCACGACAAACAUUUAUUUGUCAGAGAGGGGCUGCACCACUGACUUUAGUUCUUUUUUCGUGGCCACAUCUUUUCACACUUAACCUCUCGAGUGUUUAGUGGUGACACUUUCCAAUGAGGAAAAUUGAAGCCAGCUACUUUUUGUAUGUUAAACUACAGAAAACAGGUAUUUCGAUUUGACGAUUGAACCAAUAACUUUGUUCUCUCUUUGCUUAAAGGUUUGUCUUAAUGCAAAGUGUUUGUCUAGAAGCGGAGCCACCUACAUCGCCGCUGCCCUCCUCCUCAACCACAACUCUGUCUGUAGAGAACAGGAAAAAAAAAAACGAACCUCGCAUCUGUGCUGGUGUAAAAGGGAAAACCCUGUCAGCCCUGUCGGCAUCACUCACAGACAGAAGGAGCAGAUGUCUGUGGACACUGAGCGUGCAGCACACACACGAAUGGAGGAACAGUCGCGGACGAGUCACAAGUACCUGCUGCUGCAGGUGUGGUGUGGCCUCCUCACCGUUUCCAUGGUGACCAUGGGUGCCUUUCUCACUACACUCAAGCCAAAGUCAGCAGAGGACGGCGUGUAUGGAGUAAAGCCGGUGAGCAUCAGUCCAGCAGAUGAUGGCAUUCAAGAACAUUUAAAGGCACCAGGAAGGUCGCUGUCAUUCAUCGAAGUGACUCCAUCUCUGGAUGGAUCCUUUUGGGAAGAAAACCUCAAAAGCGACUUCUCCACGCUCUCCCUGCUCAACAACUCCAUCUACAGCACGAGGAAAAGCCACUAUUUCGUCUACGCCCAGGUCACCUUCAGGAAGGAUGAUAAUUGUCAAAACAGAUCAGUGAUUCUGAUCAGAAACGCCAGUCCUUGGAAAAAGCUGAGGGUCCUGGCCGAGGCUCGGCCUUCGGCGGGGGGCUUGGUGUGGAUGGGCAGGAUCAUUGUGCUGGCAGUGAACGACAGCAUCAGUCUGAAGGUCACCGGCCACAAUGAAAAAGAAAACACGUUCUGGGGGGCCUACCAGCUUCAGUAGCCUCUGAGGGAGCUCUUCAUCAGACCAAACUGUUUCGACGGACGCUGAUCACUGAGGUCUGCUCAGACAUUGACACCAAACAUGUUCUCACGGCCAUCCAAACAUGGAACACUAACUCCAUCUGACAUGUUUCAGUGCAGAACUCACUCGUACGCAGUUCUGGAUGAGGCCACAUUUUCAAAUAAAUUAUUUCCUUCAUUUUUUGACAAAUGUAAAAAGCAAGUGGGUGCGAAUAUGGUUUUUUUUUAUUUGUUUGUGUAAUUUAUAACAUGAAAUAUUAUAUAUUGGUUAAAUGGUGUACAAAGAGAAAAAUUUUUGUGGAAUAAAUUUUUCUUUUUCUUUUAAAAAGUGUGAGAUGAAGUUUCAAUGUCAAAUGGCCACAUGGCGGCGCCACCAUCCUUUUUUAAAGACCUCAAAUCAUGAGGCAUGAACUUUUAUUUCAUGCCAUGGGUGUCUAGAUCAUAUCAGACAGCCUGGUUAAAUAGUUAGUUAUGAAAUACUUCAUAUGAGCCACAAAGAAGACUUUUAAGGAACUUUAAAGUACCAGUAGUUCAUUCCUGCAGGCUAAAUCUGCACUCAAACAGAGAGGGAAACUGAGGUGGUGGUGCAUUCUGGGUAGUGAUGAGUAGCAGGUGCUAUUCAGGAAGCCCUAGAUUUGGUGCAGCAUUACAAACACAUAACUUCCUUUUACAUUCCAUGCUUGUGUGUUUCAUCUUCAUGUGUCAAUCAGUCGUUUUAGAUUUUUUGUUUGUUUUCAGAAAUACAGUUUAGCAAAA